AUGUCAGCAACAGUAUCACAAGUAAAAAGCGUUUAUUUAUUUAAAAAUGGUUAUGGUUUAAUAAUAAAACAAUUUGAUUUACCAUACAAUAGAACAAAUGUUGAAUUAGUUGAUGAUAUAUUGCCAAAACAACCGACAUAUGGAACAUUUUGGAUACAAUCAUUAACACCUGAUGGUAAGACAUCUCUAACUAUUCAAAUAUUGUCUUUAUCAGCUAGUCGAUUUAAGAGUAUUUCUGCAAAAAAGGAUCAACAG